AUGUCCACCUACGCCCUCCUCGGAGCUACCGGCGCAACCGGCACCAGCGUCCUCCGCCACCUCCUCCAAAACCCCCCUGAAGACCUAAUCCAACUCAACAUCCUCGUCCGCUCCAAACCCAAACUCCUCCAAACCUUCCCAACCCUCCUCUCAUCCCGCCCUCCCCCUCCUUUCAAAAUCCACAUCUUCGAAGGCACCUCCACCUCUCCCCACUCCCUAACCCCCUGCCUAACCUCAGCAACCACAAUCCUCAACUGCGUCGGCACCAACGCCAGCAACCCCGGCACAACCCUCCACUCCACCACCGCAUCAGCCAUCAUCUCCUCCCUCACCACCAUCUCGCUCACCAACAAGAGCCACUACCAACCCCCCACAAUCCUCCAACUCCGCACCGCAAGCCUCAACCCCGCCCUCUCCUCCCAAGUGCCCAAGCUAGUCCACUCCAUUGUCAGUUUCUGUCUCCACAACAGCUACUCCGACCUAGAACAGGCAUGCAACCUCUACAUUCCAGCUUCCAGAAACGGGUUGUUAAAUUACAUACUCAUCGACCCGCCCACGCUUCACGAGUCCCCCCCGACGGGAUAUUCUCUCGUCACCCGAGCAGACGAAAAGCAAGACGUCGCGCUUAGUUACGCCGAUCUUGGGGCGGCGAUGUGCGAGCUUGCCACGACUAAGGAACGGCUUCACGGAAAGGCAGUGGGCGUCACGGCGAGGGGGAAGGUGAGAGAAAAAUGGAUGCCAUUGAUGGGGUUCCUAGUCAAGGGGGCGAUGGGGAGGGUGGGGGAACGGUUGAGAGAGGGGGUGACAUUUUUGUAUGGCCCAAUGGCGCCUUUUUUCGCGAUUGGUAUGUAUGCUGAGGCUCCCGGGUUGCCUGCUUAUGCGACCGUGACGGUGAGAAGUAGUUAG